AGCAGGUUAGGUUCGGCAACUUCGGAGGACGCUGCCUCAGCUGAGUGAGGACCAGCCGCAUCGCCUCCCACCCGCGCCUGGAGUUGGAUCCUGCCGCGCCUUCCGGUCCGCCUCCAGGAAGUGCCGGGCGCCGCGACGCUCGCGACCCAGUCUAGCGUUCCUCGGCGUCGCUCGGCGUCUCCUGCAGGGCAUCCCGGGUUCUGGCGACUGGCGGCGGCUUAAAACAGCCAUCAUGUCAAGCAAAAAAGCAAAGACCAAGACCACCAAGAAGCGCCCUCAACGUGCAACAUCCAAUGUGUUUGCAAUGUUUGACCAGUCACAGAUUCAGGAGUUCAAAGAGGCCUUCAACAUGAUUGAUCAGAACAGAGACGGUUUCAUUGACAAGGAAGAUUUGCAUGAUAUGCUUGCUUCACUGGGGAAAAAUCCAACUGAUGCAUACCUCGAUGCCAUGAUGAAUGAGGCUCCAGGACCCAUAAAUUUCACCAUGUUCCUCACAAUGUUUGGGGAGAAGUUAAAUGGCACAGAUCCAGAAGAUGUCAUCAGAAAUGCUUUUGCUUGCUUCGAUGAAGAAGCAACUGGAACCAUCCAAGAAGAUUACCUGAGAGAACUGCUUACCACAAUGGGAGAUCGGUUUACAGAUGAGGAAGUGGAUGAGCUGUACAGAGAAGCACCUAUUGACAAAAAGGGAAAUUUUAAUUACAUUGAGUUCACACGCAUCCUCAAACAUGGAGCAAAAGACAAAGAUGAUUGAGAGAACCUUUGUUGUGUCUUCCUCUGUUUUAUUUCCCAGAAACUUUUCUGCUCCUUCACAAAUCUGUUGCAUGCAACUUAGUUCUAUAGCUUUGCCUCUCUUUUUGAUGUAUUUAUUCUAGAACUUUCUGCCACUUAGGACUUGUGUAAUCAGUUGGCAUUUGGGAACAAGUUUGUAAAUUGUGUUGGAAAAGAGAUUGCAAAUAAAAAUCAACCAAUGUGAAAGCCCAGGAAAAUAUAUUUGGUAUUUCUGGUUUUGCUGAAUUUUUUAAUUUUUAUAUAAUAAAAUGCUAUUUUGAAGUAAAGA